UAAUUAGAGGAGUGGAACUAAAAUGAAAAGUGUUUAUGUGCAGUUACGAGACAAGUCACUGUCGGUACCACCUCGUCUUAAGCUACUUCGCUAUGCCUGGCAGUCGUCACUGGUUUACAUUCCUAACAAACAUCAGGUUCUCAUUGACCUCCUGUUUGGAUUUCUUAUAAACAAGAAAAAGGAGCAGUUAAAUGAGGGCGAUGAGUGUGCAGUGUGGUGCUGUCUUCAUGAGGUGCUCAACACCAGGGCCGUGUCCAAGUCAACAGGCCUGAUUCUGCGCCACUCAGCAGCACAGGUGUUGUUGUCUAGCCUGCAAGCUGUGAGUGAGGGGCCUCCUGAAGAUGAGCUUCUCGAUAAGGAGUCCCCCCUGGUGGGGCCCCUCAUCAGCUGCUGUCUCUGCCUGGCUUCCUCGCCCACCCUCUCAAAUGUCUUCACUGCCAAACCAGAGGAAAUGGUGACCUUGCUGGCCAGCCUCUGUAGACUUGUGAAGGCCGGACACCAUAGUAAACCUCUGUCUUCCCUCCUGGCCACUUGUGUUGACCUCUUUGUUGCCACUUUACAGCCAUACCCACAACAAAACAUGGUGUUGAAGAGAUGCUGUGGGAGUCUGCUCCCAGCUUUCUUAGAUCUGGGGAAAGAUACACCCAGAAUUGAGGUGGACAAGAUGUCACAGGCUGUACUUGCAAUCAUAGACCAUAGGGACCAUAGCCGGAGCUAUGAUGUGUACCUCAGGGCCCAGCAGGGGUCCAGGGAUGGGGCAGAGGCGUCACAUGUUCACAAGAAGGCCCGGCCCAUCGAACAGCUUUAUGAGACAUUUACCACCUUUAUAAAGAAUGAGAGCAGGGAUCGGUGUGUGGAAUUUCUGGCUGUCUGGUUCCGGCAUUUCAUCAACAACAACUGCCAUGAUGGUAACCAUUUCACUGCUCAUUGUAUGAUGGUUGAACUGUGCCAUCUGAUUGGUCUGUGUGCUGGAGAGAUGUCCCCAGGAGCUGUGAGGGGAGGCAAUCUGCUUCUAGGGGUGGUGACAGAUAUGGAGUUGUAUACCCUUGUGGGGGAAGAGACCACCAACACAGCACAGCUACAGUUCUUCAGACAGAUGGUUGAUAUACUGCUGGAGUGUCCUGAUAGUCAGAGGUACAGCAGUGACUGGUAUGGAUGUUUUUCCCAGUUGUUACGACUAGACCAUCACAUCCUGGAGCCCCGCUUGGUAGUGCUACUCACACAUGGGUGGAUACAAGCUCAGGUAGAAGCAGGCAGUUUGGAAGCCCAGGACCAGUUGUUGUCUGAACUGGUAAAGAGGUACAGCAAGUUACGACAUGUGUCAAAACUUCUGGGGAAAAUACUAGCGGCCUUGAAACUUGCUCCAGGAGACAGGCUGUUACCCUUGCCCUCAGUAUUCUCAAAAUGUUUUGGAGAGGUCAUCCAGGCUCUCCCGCAGACAGUGAUGCUGGAGCUGUGGACCAUGCUAACAGACCAUCUGUCCGAGCUCCCCCAUGGUGGACACUUCCCAGGGGCCUGUGCAAUGUACAAUCUCUUCCUACUUAAUGUCAAGGUCGCAGACUACACUGUCACUGAUAUGACCUUGACUUCUGUGUAUGAUCACAUAGUUAUAUUGGAGACAAGGAUUUUAUCUCCCAUUUUGGGCGAGAUAUUGAAAUCAGAGUUGAAUCCAGUUGACACCACAUCAGUUCUGCUCCUGUGUCACGGAUUGGGAGAGGUGUGCCUGCUGCUCUCCUUCUACAAAACAUUCAGAGCCAGUAACUUCCAAACCACAACCACAGUUUCCCAUGCAGGUGACCUCAGCUUUGUACACAGCUACUUCAGCUGUUCCGACUGGAAGAAACUGUAUAAAAAAGUGAAAAAGCUGCACGAUCCACAACAUCGGUACCUUUGGGAUAUGUUGACCGUUCAGCGUGUGCGGGCUCUGCUGCUCCACUUGGGAACUACAGACUGGUCGGUGGUCACUGAUAUAAUUUCAUCCAUGGUUUCAUUCUCCGAAGCUUUCACUCUGGGCAGCAGACAGUGUACAUGGACUGGCACCCUGUGGCAAGUGACUGGAGACAACCUUGAUCUUGCCUGUUGGGACCUGUUGCUAGGUAACCUGGUUGCUAUGGAGACUGUGUUGUCGCAGGAACAGAGGAGAAAAGUGGCCGAACAUAUAGUCCAGGCUCUCCUUAACAAAGCAGAACACACAGAAUGCAAUUAUAAAACACCUAAAAGUGUAACCCAGGCUGUCCUGGAUUCAGGCGUGUUCUUUGAGACAGGAGAACUGCUUACAGAGAUAGUCACCCAACUCUGGAAGCAUGGAACUGGCACAUUGACACACAGCAGUCCGAAAAAACAUAAGAGAGCAAAGCUGGGUGGUGUACUGACCAGUUUGAGCGAACUGCUGACAGUCAUCGGUGACCAAGAGACACCUUGGCACAGGGACAUGAAUAAUGAGAGCCUGUUGCGGCUCCAGGAGUCUGCAGGCCACCUACAGCAGCUGAUGUCAGACACCGGUCAGUCUCUACCUGACAUGGACUGGACACCUUGGAUCAACAUUGGACAGAUACUGUAUCAUUUUCCAUUGGUUGAGCUGUGGCCAUGUGACCAGUUGAGGGUGCUGAUUGGUGUCCUGGCUGGGCUCUCCAUUGCUGUUAGCAAGGGUGAGGAAAGCGUGUGCAAGCUGUACCUUGAGCUGGGUACCAGGAUGUUGUCGAGCUGUGGCCGGCUCCCAAUCUUCCAGCUACUGCAUGUGCCAACCUUCCUCACCUGGAUGCUGGAACUCGUCAACAACACUGCACAGAAGCCGGACAUGUUGCAAUACAUGCUGCUGGCAGAGGUGUCAUGUCAGGCCCUGGUUGGAGACUACACAGUGCUGGAGAAGUUGACACCCCAUCUCACACAGUUGGUCGUAGAAGUUAAAACGGGAAAAACAGGAAAGCCAGGGGCCCUGACAUUGACUUUUUUCCUGCUGCAGGAGAUUUCAAGGCUGUGGAAUCGUCCAUACCUGAAUGACAGUCUGAAGUCUGCCUGUGAGGAGAUGUACGUGUUAAUGGCAAGACCUGUAUUAAAACUGGCCUCCAGUGUGAAAGAUUGCACAUACUCUCAUCACGAGUCCCUGCUGGUCCGAUCUUGCACUGCUGUGCUCACCUGUGCACAUAAAGAUACUAAAAUAAAAGAGAAUCUGUACAAAACUAUGCCAGCCAUCUUGAAGUGGUGCCACAAAGUUAUUGAUAACAGUCAUGAGAAUGGAAAUGUGCAUGGCCGACUGGCUGCCCUAUGGUUCCUGCAGACCUCAGCCCGGUACCACACCCUCCAUGCAUCUGUUCUCACCAUGGAAACCAAACUGGCACUAUGGCAACACUUGGUACAGGUGGUCAGGCAGGCCCUGAAUACACAAACACCAGACAAGCAACCACCAUUAUGUAUUGAGAAUAGCAGUGAACACAGUAGUAGCCUGAAGAAGACAGAUGCAACUGAGUAUGGGACUGGACAUUUGAGAGAUUCUAGAAAAAGUAGAAAGAGAAAACAUACAUCUGUUUCAGAAGAAAAUGAGAUGGAUACCUCUAGCUCAAAAGACAAUGGCACAUCUGAUAUAAUAAACCAAGUUAGGGCCAUUUUACAAUGUAAAGAUGACAUUACAGGGAGCGAAGCUAGAGAUAUAGGUAUCUGUACAGAACCAGACAAGCUGGCUACCAGUGAAGCCAUUGAGCCACUGGACUUCAGGAUACUGGUGUACAAGGGUCAUCUACUGGAGAAUGGCGACCUUCUGGUGCUGCAACAGACACAAACUGUCAUGGCUGCCAUCCUGGUUGCCCUCAACAUCGACCAGUUUCAAGAUGUGCUCAGACAGCUGGAACAUGACAUGCACCCAAGCACUCUGCAGUCAGAUCGGGGUAAAGUGAGUUCAUCCCUGUUCAUCUGGAGAAGUCUGUUAAAGCUGGAGUUUACACAAGAGCAGACCAAAGUGGUUAGGAAAGUGGCAAAAGAUCUAAUGUUGAACUGGCAGUGUAUUGUUGAGCGACUGCAGGGCUGGGAUGACCGAUCGGUUUGUCAUGGAGAUCACAGUGCCUCUUCUUCAGGCACAGCAACAAUUGCUGCUUCUGGGCAAGAAGUUCCUGCCAAGCCAGACAGUGAUGUUGGCCAUGCACAGCUGUGUAUUCACCCCGCUAGAAGGCAGCACCUACCUGCCAGCCUUUCAUGCAGUCUGUAACCUGCUUAAUGCCCUCCUCGUGCACCACACAGAAACAGUCUUCCAGAAUGUACCAACGUUCAUAGCCUGUGCUAAACGCCUGCUGCUGUCUGUUGUGGAGCACUCCGACCAGGACCAGGUAUCGGGAAAGCCGGACGUCAUUGACAGUCUCCUAGCUUGUGCUUA